AUGCAAGUAAUUACGUCCGAUAAGCUAGGCCUACUCAAGUAUGUACAAUGCAGACCCACGAGCUCCAUUUAUGAGCAGACGCUCCAGCCCGAUUUGAGCAGAACAAUCAACCACGUGACAUGGUCUGGCGGAUACGGAGGAUAUGAAGAGUCACAAAUAACGGUAUGCAGGAAAAAUGGGCUAGUCGAAAGUUUUGCCUUCCCGUAUGAUGAACCAAAUCCAAAGAUUAGCGACACAUCCUUGCUAUCAUUUCUUACUUGUAACAAUUGUAUUCACACAAGGAUGCUGAACCAUCACCACAAUGUAAUAUACAAAGAUUUGUUCGAUAAAGAAAAAGACAAGUAUACUAAUUAUGCCGAGUUCAUGCCCCUCUAUACAAGUGAAAAUGUAAAAAAUGGAGUGUAUGAAAGUUAUCUCCAAAAUGAUAGACUUCUCCUUACCGUGAGUAAUGGCGGACAUGUACAUGUCCUAAAUUGGGAUUGCGACAAUGAACGUAGUAAGUACCACCUCAGUAAAGAACAUGAAGUGAAACACGAAAAGGAUGCUACGAAAAAGAUGCAGCUGUAUUUUAAAAAUUACAAAGACGAAGUGUUACAGUCUAUUGAAUUCAAACAAAUUGAAGAAAAAAAUAGCAAUAACCAGGUCAUCAUAAAAAAAAACGAGUAUACAAAUGUAAAUGUUGAAGACAUAUGCACAGAUUAUCACCUCGAUAAUAUGCUUUCCGAAGAAGCCGUAUGCCAGUCGUACAUCUUAAGUAACCCAAUUGAUGCUGCCUGUGUCAAUGAGGUACUAACAAACAGACUAGCCAUCGGGGGAUACAAAAAUUCUUUAAAAGUAUUUGACUUAUUCACCGGAAGCUACAUGUGGAAAUCAAAAAAUAUAGGAACGACUUUGCUAAAUUUAAAUUGCGAAAGUUUAAUAAAAUCUGUAUCUUUCCUAAACGAAAUCAAUGUCAAUAUACUUUCAGCCACAACGUACGAUCAUAAAAUUAUUCUAUAUGAUAUGCGUUGCCAACCAAAGCCGGUUUACGUUUAUGAUCACCACAAGACGGGGAAUAUUAGUAAAAAUAAGUUUUCCUGUUUUGAUCAUAACUACUCGGAGAGCGACCUCGUGUUUACGUGUAUAAGCAGCAGCUCGCACGUGGGACGUGAGGAAACGGUUGCAAAGGGGGAGACACAGACCCAGGAGGGAGAAGUGCAGGGGGAAAACGAACAAAGCGAAACGCGGAAUGGAGAGGCAGACCAAAAAACAGAGGAACAUCAAGAAGGGAAGAAACGACGUGCUCACAAUUUGGAGCCACAGGCACACUGCCCAGAGGAAGAACUGCACGCUAAAUUUAACGCCCACCAAAUGAAGACAAACAAUUUUAAAAUGUAUGAAAAACUUCAGCAGCAAAAACAAGGACAGAAUGAAACAGGAGCAGUAAACCCAAAUGAUGACACACAGGAAAAAGGGAGUUCCACUCUUUCCAACCCAAAUAACUCAAACGAAUCACAGUGUAGCAAUUACUUCAUAAAAAAACUCGCCUCCAAGGACAGCCAAAUUAUCUUCGUCUCGGAUAACUACGGAAACGUCUACAAGUUCGAAAUCGUCACGGGGAAUAAACUCCUACAAUAUAUUUAUAUGAAAAAAUGCGCACAGGAAAAAGUGACAUGUGAAGAAGACAAAAAGGGAGACCCCUCCUUUUUACUUAAAAACAAACAAAGCUUGUACGAAUUUUACAAAGAAUAUCAAAGCAGUAACAAAACGCACAUGCGAAAUGACCUUCCUGUUAUGUGGGCCAAAGACAAUUUUGAUCAAUUCUUAAUUUUAUUUCUAAAUAAAUAUAAAAUCCAUAAUGGGGCCAUAUCUUCCCUAAGUUUGCACAGGGGGGGAAUAUUUCUCUGCUCAGUCAGCUAUGACAGAUUUUUAAGCAUACUCAAUGUAGAGAUGAAAAAGGUUGUUAAGCGAGUACAUGUCGGUCAUAUACUGACCAGCUGCUUGUUGAGGUCUGCCCCCAUUGAUGAGUCGGAACAUGCGCUGAAGAAUGGGCGCGGGCCCAAGGCAUCCAAGCGGCAAAAAAUUAUCCAUCGGGCCGAGGAAUCAGACGACGAACCAUCCAGCGAGUGCGAAAGUUGGCACGAUUCCUCCAAUGAGUCCAACGAGGGUGUAAGCAAAAGGGGGAAACGCCGUCAGGGGAUGCUGGGCCAGGAAGAAGGGCAAGAUGACGAGGAUGAUGAAGAUGAGGACGAGGAUGACGACGAUGAAGAAGAAGAUGAUGAAGAUGAGGAGGAGGACGAAGAAGACGAUGAUGAUGAAGAAGAAGAAGAAGAAGAAGAGGAGGAGGAGGACGAAGAAGACGAUGAUGAUGAUGGUGAAUAA